AAACUCGUUAUCUCGUAAUGUUAAUCAGUUAUCUAUUGAAUUAACUGAAAUAAAAGAUAUAUUAAUAAAAACGAUUAUGGCCGAAGCUGAUAUUACAGAACUACGAAAGCAAUGCAUUGAUAGUUUAUUGUCGUGUGCUGAUAACGUAUCGAAAUAUGUGGAUAUUGGAAAAGAUGCUGAACUAAAUAAGCUAAAAAAGUAUUUAGAAAGCUAUUGUUUUUCAGAAGCGCAACAAAAUGCAGAAGCUUUCGUUUUGAAGGAAUUUACAGAAAGUAAAGCAUCAAAUCUCGAUAAGCUGGAUGAUAUUGUUAUGGAACAAUUGAGGCGAAUUACUCAAGCUAAUGAUAUUAGUAGUCACCCUCUUAUAAAUGAACUCGAACAUAGAAUUGAGAGAAAUAGCCGAAAUGUUACACAACAUUUUGAUGAAUCUGAUUUGGCCAUAACUGACGCUGAAGAGAGACAUACUGAUCCAAUAACAUUGAAGCCUAUAGAGAAUCCAGUAAGGAACAUAAUUUGUAAUCAUGUCUAUGAACGUGAUGUUAUACACAGUUACAUGCAACGAAAAAGAGGAGCCAAGUGUCCAGUCGUGGGUUGUGUUAGCCAGCAACCUUUGCAAAACAAAAAUCUUAAACCGGACAAAGAGUAUGGGAAGUAUCGGAAGUCAACACCUCAGAACUCUACCGCGUUGCAAGAACAAAUGGAUACCGAUGCAGCAUAUAGCCAGGAAUACUAAAUUUUAUAUAAUCAAUGUACCACUAUUAUGAA